GACGACUUAUUUCCGCAGUGAAGCGCGAAGCAUCAUUAGACAUGCGCUGAACUGUUGUCCUGUCGAAGAUGCUCUCAUUUUCUGUGGCAAUGGCUCUACUGGCGCAGUCGCCAAAUUUAGUCGCAUCAUCGAAAACCGCAUUGCCGAACGCGUACUGAAGAACAAGUCGGAAUCUCAUCGAUCUGGAGAAGGAGCAAACAUCGAGGACAAGGAAGACUGUAUGAAGUACUUCAAGGAGGAUCGAUGGGGCAGUUGCGAGUGCACCCUAUGCGGUGUGCGACUGAAGAAUGAGAGUUGCUUUCGCGCGCACUGCGAAACGUCUUUGCACGUGGAAAAUCUCGGAAAACAGAAGGCAGCGGAACUGGCUGAUGUUGAAGGCUCGAGUGAUGAUCCUAGUGCUCUUGCGUCAUCUUCAAACAACACUAGAGGAGGUACGAGGACGAAGACCGUCUUUCUGCUAGACCCCUUUGCACAUCACAGUAGCUCGUUACCUUUCCGUGAGAUGGCUGCUAAAUUUGGUUCGGAAUAUUGCGAAUGCGUCGAAUUGACGACCGAAUCUGCGGUUUUCGACACGCACGCCUUUGAGACGGAACUUCUGGAAAAGGUAGUGCCAUCGCUUCUUUCAUACAGCAGACAUGUAGUUGAGGAAGGGGAUAUCAAGGAUUUAGAAGAGCAAAAUAUCGAGCACGUCCGUUUAGAGUUCUACGCAGUCCUUUGUGCUGGCAGCAACGUCACUGGUGUUUUACGCAAUGUGCCGUAUUUGACGCAGCAAUUGCACAAAAAGCUCAACGUGAAUGGACACAGCUGUUUUGUGGCUUGGGAUUUUGCAGCGUCCAUGGCGCACCAAAAGAUCGAUUUGAACCCGCGAAACUUCGCAGACGCCGAGGUGGACGCGGCGUUCUUCUCACCACACAAGCUUUUAGGCGGUCCUGGCAGCAGUGGCGUGCUCGUCAUGAAGAAGAGACUUCUCAGAUCCAACACGGUUCCGACUACACCUGGUGGCGGAACGGUUUUCUACGUCAGCGACGCGGGCCAGAGCUACAUCCAGAACCACGAGGAGCGAGAGGAAGCUGGCACGCCCAAUAUCUUAGCCGACAUUAGAGCCGGCAUGGCUUUCAAAAUCCACCACGCAAUGGCGGGAGACGGCGCUUCCAGUUCAUCCAGUGCUCUCCAACUUGACGAACCCGUCUGCGGUAUGGAAGCUCGCGAAGAGAGAUUGCGCCAACGCUUGCUCGCACGUUUGGAAAAGAUGCAAAACCUGGAGCUUUUGGCUUCUGGCGAAGGAGCGGAUGUGGGUGGAAAGGCAGCUAUUUUCUCAUUCUUGAUCCGACAUGGAGAGCGGUAUCUGCAUUACAAUUUCGUUUGUGCCAUCCUUAACGAUUUGUUCGGCAUUCAGGCUCGUGGCGGUUGCGCUUGCGCCGGUCCGUAUGCUCAGAAGUUACUCGGUAUGUCUACCGCAGUCAGCAACCACUUCGACUCGGCUCUAAAACGCUACGGAACGGAGGUGAUUCGACCUGGCUUUGUCCGGCUGUCGCUCCACUAUCUGAUGCGUGAUGAGGAGGUCGAUUGGUUGGCGGAUUGCUUGGCCUGGGUCGCUUCAGACGGAUGGCGCCUGCUCCCCGCUUACACUUUUGAUGUAGAGACAGGCGAAUGGGAACACGAGGAUGACGACCAUCAGGGAUGCAGAAAGUGGUUGGGCGAUAUGGACUUGUUCACAAACUCAACGACUUCUGCAUCAGAAACGCCCAUUCUCGACCUUGCUGUUGCAAGCAAGCUUAAAGAUAGCAAGAAGAAAUUCCUGAACGAGGUGACUACCCGCGCUCUGCGUAUUCCGGCCAAAAACCGCAGUUGGCCCAUCUUGGACGAACGAGUAGCUCCAUUGCUAUGGUUUUCUUUGCCACAAGAUGUGGCCUCAGGAACCCACGCAAAGAGGAACGCAGCGGUUAGUGGCGGUCUGAUCUUCGGCAAUGCUGACGUUUCACGACCGGAAAGGAGUUGUUUUCGCAUUGGACGACCGCCUGGUGCUGGGGCAUUGUUGGAUGUCCAAGCAGAAGGGCUCGUUGGAACGGGAACCGGAACGGAGGGUCAGGAAAUAACUUCGAGUGAAACAUGCGUGCUGUCAUCUCAGGUCCACCAGCUUGGAAAAGAGUGCGACGUGAAAAGGAAAGAUGGCAGUAGUACACCGACGACAACAGGGUCAGCCGAUGAGGAUGCGUUAACGGAUGACCUCCUUGCGGAUAUGAUGCAGCAUGACGUUGAGGACGACGAGGUGGAAGUAUUAGAGGGGAGAACUGUUCCUGAGGAGAAUUCGUCCACUACACCACGAGCAGUCUUGAAAGAUGACAAAGAACAGUUGGACAACAAGCAGGAAUUCUUGGAUGAUGAACGCAGAAGGGCGGCACCAGAUGGUGGCGCCAGCAGCAGCACAAGCCUGGCACCAACAUCCACUUCACUAGUUCGUGAGGUCAAUGGGCGUUUGAUCCAGCGCUAUGCGACGACGGCCCUCUACCCGAAGGUACCGAAGACCUUGCGCGCCUCGGUCGGGCAAGCAAUCAAGGAUUUCGGCAUGAUCCAGCCCGGCGACCGUCUGUUGAUUGGUCUUUCAGGUGGCAAAGAUUCGCUGACGCUGUUGCACACGCUCAUGUGUAUUCAAAAAUGUUCCCCAGUCUCGUUUUCGAUCGCUUGCGCCACUGUGAACCCGAUGACUCCCGAGUACGACCCGAGCCCGCUGAAGGAGUACUUGAAAGCCUUGAACGUCGAGUACCAUUUCCUGAGCAAACCCCUGAUUGAGAUGGCAAAAGAAUUGAUGAACCCGAAGAAGCCGUCAAUAUGCUCCUUCUGUGCUCGCAUGAAACGUGGAAUGCUCUACAGCUGCAUGCGGGACAACGGCUACAACGUCUUGGUCUUAGGCCAGCAUCUCGACGAUAUGGCGGAAUCGUUCCUCAUGUCAGCCUUCUACAACGGCGCUCUGCGGACGAUGAAGGCCAACUAUGCCAUCCAAGCGGACGAAGAGAUACCGAUGACCAAUGAAGGUGGAGAAGCUGGUGCGAAAAAUGAUCAACUUGAUCCUCAGGUGGACAGGGACACUACCACUAGCAGGAGUAGCGCUACGACAACCACAGGAGCAACACCAGUCGUGGAAGCUGGAUGUGCAUCUUCUUCGGUCGUUGUCCCAGCAAGACGAAAGAUUCGAGUGAUUCGACCUCUGGUGUACGUGAGGGAGAAAAUUAUGGCACAGUUUGCUGCUGAAAAUCGAUUGCCAGUGAUCUCGGACAAUUGUCCUGCAUGCUUCGCAGUUCCGAAAGAGCGACAUAGGAUCAAGCUCUUGUUGGCGAAAGAAGAGUUUCAACUUCACGAUCUCUUCUCCAACCUGCUGAAAUGCAUGCGGCCGUUGAUCGCAAUAGAUCACGCGAAGAUCGAAGACGAUAAAUGGGUAGUCAGGAAUGUCGUCCCAACGAAAGACGGUGGUAGAGCAGGACAGCAACAGGCCAAUACUCAUAACGUUCGGACAACACCAUCAACAAUUGGCAUCUCAGGAUCUUCUUCGUCACAGGUGGAAAUAAGUGGGAAAACAGCUAGAGGAGAAGACGAGGAAGCCGAGCUAGCAUUGACAAGCUGUGGUAUCAGAGGAGGGAAGUGUAGUUGAACGUGGUUUCCUACAUGUUGAUUACCUCCCGACUUGUCUCGUUUUUGACUAGGAAACACGACUAAUAUAGCUCGUCAGCACUACGUCAUCGCUGUUGCAAAUUGUUGCAGUGCUUGAUCUAUUUCGCAUCUCACAGCAUUACACUUUUUUAUUUACCACAACUUCAAUACCAGAUUGCAACAUGACCCACACGUAUAUUUUUCACAAUCGUUUCGCCGCGCCAUAGAAGAAGAUCAAGAUUGUCUAAUUUUCCCUAGCUGUGUUAGAGGGUACACACCAGAAUUAUUUUAAGCAGUAGAUACAAAGUCCACCAGGAAUACACCUGUCGCGACGACUAGGCUGCAAUGCCAC